AUGUCUGGUUUGUUCGGUAGAUUAUCUCCGGCCAGACGAGUCAUCAACGGCGAUGACCUCCCUCUGUUUUACAAUGACCAGAGAUGUCAGAGAGACACAGCGCGAGUGUCUGUCACACUCGCAGAGCUUCUCAUGAGUAUGGAAGAUGAGCAGAAUGACCGAAGUCGGGCUUUGGAUGAUGCGGUUGCUUCCAAUUUCUGGUCCUCGGUUUCGUCUUAUUCAGUGCGUUCUUCUUCUCCGUUUGUUCUUUCUUUCAAAGACUUGACAUACAGCGUGAAGAUCCAGAAGAAGUUUAAGCCGUUCUCUUGUUGCGGGAAUUCGCAUUUUGAUGGUAAUGAUAUGGAGAUGAAUACUAAGGUGCUGCUGAAUGGUAUCUCUGGUGAAGCCCGGGAAGGAGAGAUGAUGGCCGUUCUUGGAGCAAGCGGGUCAGGGAAAUCAACUUUGAUCGACGCAUUAGCCAACCGGAUUGCAAAAGAGAGCCUCCAUGGUGCUAUUACUUUAAACGGGGAAGUUCUUGAAUCCCGCCUGCAUAAAGUCAUAUCGGCUUAUGUGAUGCAGGACGAUCUUCUCUUCCCGAUGCUCACCGUGGAAGAAACUUUGAUGUUUUCUGCGGAGUUCAGGCUUCCACACUCGCUAUCUAAGAAGAAGAAGAAGGCACGAGUGCAAGCUCUGAUUGACCAGCUAGGCCUGAGGAACGCAGCGAAAACCGUGAUUGGUGAUGAGGGACACAGAGGUGUAUCUGGAGGAGAAAGGAGACGGGUCUCAAUUGGAAUUGAUAUAAUCCAUGACCCGAUUAUCCUCUUUCUCGAUGAACCUACCUCGGGUCUCGACUCUACAAGUGCCUACAUGGUUGUCAAAGUGCUUCAAAGAAUCGCACAAAGUGGCAGCAUAGUUAUCAUGUCGAUCCAUCAGCCGAGUUACAGAAUCUUGGGCUUGGUCGAUAAGCUAAUCUUCCUUUCCAGGGGAAACACCGUUUACAGCGGCUCCCCAACACAUCUCCCUCGGUUCUUCUCCGAAUUCGGUCACCCAAUUCCCGAAAACGAGAACAAAACAGAGUUCGCACUCGAUCUUAUCCUUGAGCUAGAAGGUUCGCCAGAAGGAACCAAAACUCUAGUCGAAUACCACAAGCAAUGGAGGGCAAAGCAAACCUCAAGCCAGAGCAGAAGAAACACAAACGUAUCUCUCAAAGACGCGAUCAACGCAAGCAUCUCGAGAGGGAAACUUGUCUCCGGAGCAGCAAACCUAAAAUCCUCAUUUCAAACCUUUGCAAAUCCAUUCUGGACCGAAAUGGUCGUAAUCGGCAAACGAUCUAUACUAAACUCAAGAAGACAACCCGAGCUUUUCGGAAUCCGACUAGGAGCUGUUCUAGUCACAGGAAUCAUUCUAGCUACAAUCUUCUGGAAACUAGACAAUUCACCAAGAGGUAUACAAGAACGAUUAGGGUUCUUCGCAUUUGCAAUGUCCACAACAUUCUACACAUGUGCAGAAGCAAUACCAGUGUUUCUACAAGAACGUUACAUAUUCAUGAGAGAAACAGCUUACAACGCUUACAGGAGAUCAUCAUACGUCCUUGCUCACACGAUCAUCUCAAUCCCUGCUCUAAUAAUCUUAUCAGCUAGCUUCGCCGCAACAACUUUCUGGGCGGUAGGUCUCGCCGGAGGUUCAGAGAGCUUCUUAUUCUUCUUCUUAACCAUCCUCGCAGCGUUUUGGGCCGGAAGCUCCUUCGUGACGUUCUUAUCCGGCGUCGUUUCUCACGUAAUGAUCGGAUUCACGGUGGUUGUAGCGAUCCUCGCCUAUUUCCUCCUCUUCUCCGGAUUCUUCAUCUCGCGAGAUCGAAUCCCUCUUUACUGGAUCUGGUUCCAUUACCUCUCGCUAGUGAAAUACCCAUACGAAGGAGUUCUUCAGAACGAGUUCGAAGAUCCGACGAAAUGCUUCGUCCGUGGGAUUCAGAUGUUCGACAAUUCGCCGUUGGGUCAAGUUCCGGCCGCCGUGAAAAUCAGCUUGUUGAAGAGCAUGAGCGGCGUUUUGGGGAUCAACGUGACGGCGGAGACUUGCGUGACGACGGGAAUCGAUAUUCUGAAGCAACAAGGAAUCACAGAAAUCAGUAAAUGGAAUUGCUUGUGGAUCACUGUCGCUUGGGGUUUCUUCUUUAGGGUUCUCUUCUACUUCACACUCUUGAUCGGAAGCAAGAACAAGCGUCGCUGA